AUGAGGCAUCCGUACACGUGUGGCACAGGCGGCGGCACUGCAGGUAGCUCGGGUGAAGGCUUCGCCACUGGCAUAGGUGGUGGCUACGGUGGCAGCGGUGGCAGCGGUGGAAAUGCUGCAUCGGCCUUGUUGGCUGGCGGCGCUGCUGCUGCCGGCGCUGCCCUGGGCGCUGGCUUGGGCGCUGGCUUGGGUAGUCGCUUUGGCACUGGCUCUCGCGGUAGCCUUGGCGGUGGCUUUGGAAGUGGCCUUCCCGGUGUCUCAGGAGGCGGCUCAGCUCCUUUCGGCAAUGCUGGCAUGGUCGGAUCAACGUCAGGCUCGUAUCUCCUCCUGGCCAAGUGUUCUUCCUCCACGUGCGAGGAGAAAGAGCGGCGAGCGCACGAAAUGGUGGUGGCCAUUUUGGGAGCAGUGGCGGCGUAUACUCAGGAGUGGCAGCAGCUGGAGGUGUUAAUCUCGCCGGAGCAGGUGGAUCAGCAGGUGGUGUGCCCGGCGGUUUGGGUGCUGGUGUUGGCGCUGGUGGCCUUGGCGCUAGCGGCGGCUUUGGCAGUGUCGGAUCAGGAGGUGGUGGUCAUGGCAAUGGCGGCCAUGGCGCUGGUGGCUUUGGCGCUGGGGGCCUUGGCAUUGGUGGCCAUGGCGCUGGUCACGGUAGUGGACAUAUUGGCGGCCUUGGCUCUGGCUUGGGCGGUGAAAGCGGUGGCGCAUCAGGAGGCAGUGUAA